GGAGACAACUAUAUCUGAAUCAGAGUGGUAAAAAUAAAACAAGAUGUCCUGGCUUCAAGUCUGCCUCUUCUUAUCAUUAUCGAUUUGCUACUCUCAUGGACAGGACGAUACUGAAAUUGUCGAAACUCCUGAACAUGUUCCUGGUCCUCCCGCAUCCCCACUAGAUGACUGCGAUCCGGAGAUGAUAGGUUUCGAACUUAUUACUGGAAAUGUAUUUUCCGCGCCCGGAAACGUUUUGGACUCCAUUCCUGGAACUCUUAUGCUGACGGAUUGCCUAGAAACAUGUCAGGGAAACGAAUCCUGUCAGUCUGUCAACUACGAGACGGGUUUGUGUGUUCUAUUCAGUUCCAAUGCUGAUCUAUUGCCUGGUGCUUUAACAAAGUCUCAGUUUCCUGUGUUCACGAUAUACGCGCAAAAGAGCUGCCUAGGGGUGAAACCUUGCGAACGCGCCUGGUGCAUAGACCGAGUGCAAAAUUACAGAUUAGCCGGAUAUGUGAAGAGCCACCAAGCGGUCAGUUCCCGUCAAGAAUGUCUUGAAUUGUGCCUGGGGGAGAGCGAAUUCUCUUGUCGGUAA